GCGUCUCAGCUGCAUUACUGUGCUGCGCUCAUUUAGGGUAGACAGAUUAAUACCGGUCCUGUUGGAUGAGCAUCCCUGGAUGUUUUUAGAGACUUGUCCUGUCGUAUAUUUCCUAUUUCUGUACGUCUCUGUUCACGGCAUCUUGCAUUGCACAUGUAGAUAGUCCUUACGCACGCUCCAAACGCGAGCAGGAAUGCGCAAUGUAGCGGAAUUUUGGGAGUGAAGAAAAUACCCUCUCCACAAGACUUCCAGUGAGAGAUGCGGAGACACAGGUUCCACAAAACAAAGAACUGACAGCGAGAUCUAAAAUCCAUAAAAAAAUAUACGGAGUCAAAAUACAUUCAUACCCAGGCUUCGUAUGGGUGAAGCCUGUUUGCUGGAUGCGACUUCAGAAGAGUGUAGCUAGCUAGUUCGGUAAAGAGGAUUUCUGUGUUGGUGAAAUGCUAGCUAGAUAGCUGGUUUGCUAGCUGGCGCUUAGCCUAGAGAGACAAAAACACAGUGUGUAGCUAGCCAGUGUGGCUGCAUGCUAAUCUUGCAAGCCAAGUAAAGGGCUACAAAGAGUAGCAAGCUAGCUGGCUAAUUGAAUCGAGUCUAAACAUGGGUCUGAUAUUCGCCAAACUCUGGGGGUUCUUCUGCAACCAAGAACACAAGGUGAUCAUUGUUGGACUGGACAAUGCUGGAAAAACCACGAUACUUUAUCAAUUUUUGAUGAACGAGGUUGUCCACACGUCACCUACAAUAGGAAGCAACGUGGAGGAGAUCGUGGUGAAGAAUACACACUUCCUCAUGUGGGACAUCGGGGGCCAGGAGUCUCUGAGGUCCUCCUGGAACACCUAUUACUCAAACACAGAGUUUGUCAUCUUGGUGGUGGACAGCACAGACAGGGAGAGGCUGGUCAUCUCGAAGGAAGAGCUGUACAGGAUGCUAGCCCACGAGGAUCUGCGGAAGGCAGCUGUGUUGAUAUUCGCCAACAAGCAGGAUAUGAAAGACUGCAUGUCUGCUGCUGAAAUCUCCAAAUACCUCACCCUGAGCUCCAUAAAGGACCACCCCUGGCACAUCCAGUCCUGCUGUGCCCUGACUGGAGAGGGACUGUGCCAAGGCUUGGAGUGGAUGACAUCACGAGCUGGACUGAGAUAACCCCCCCCAGGCCGUUUAGCAGUCUCAGAGGCUGUGCUAACUGAACAUCUGCCUCUGUGGCCACAGCAGUUCUCAAACCCACUCCCAUCCACCACAGCUCCUCCGUUACACCUCCUCCUGGACCGAAACGUGACGUCGGGGAGGUGCACUCCCUGCCUGAACACUGCUCCCGGUGCUGAGGAUGGAGGGCCUGUGAUCUACAUAUCAUCAGCUGCUGCUGCGGAGCCUCUGCAGCAGCGUUCAGUGUGUGUGCGUGCGAGUGUGUGUGUGUGUGUGACCGCUAGUGUGCGUGUUCUGUAGAGCAUCGCGUUCAGCGAUCGUGUUGCCAUGGAACCACUCGCGUUUGGACACAAAUGUCAGCACAGAGGCCCGCACGUAAUCAAAUGCUGCGAUCUCACACGUACUCAUUUUACGGUUCAAAUUCGGUUUCCGAGAGUGUCAUAAUGGAAAGUAAUUACUUUUGAGGGGGUGCUACUGUGGCUAAGACGUGUGGGUGUCGCUUAAGAUGAAUGUGUCUGGGUUAGGCCUGUAUACGUGACAUUGGAACAAAGCAGGUGUAUUUUAUUUGUUGUAUUUAUUUUACUUUAUUUAAUAUUGCAACUCAUCUGUUACAGGUACUUAAGGGUGCCAACUCAUAAGCUAGGAAAACCCAGUUAAAGGCCGUCUAUGUCCCAGUGAAAGGGCCACUGGCCCGUUUCUCAGUCCUGUCAGCCAAGCAGAAUGUCACCAGUAUGUUGGAUAAUGAGGGAGUGGUUUGUGAUCAACUAUGCUGUGGUUGCGUGCGUGUGUAUGCAUGUGCGCGUGAGUGUGCGUUUGGUAGCAUUUUGAAAUGCGUGUAGGGAAUAGCAGCCUGGCCAUAAGCAUGGUGACUGGUGGAGAUAAGGCCACACUCAUAGUAGGACAUGGGGAAUACGCACGCUUUGAGCCCCCUGUGUUGUGCUGUCUCUGAUGGUGUCUUGGCAGAACUGCGAUGGGGGCACUUUAAUUAAGGAGCGCAGAGUCUCGGCUGAUUUCACUCAGUCCUCCUUUUCAGCCGCGUGCUUUCCCCAGGGUUUGUGAUUCUGUGAGGGCACAUCCCCCCCCCCCCCCCCCCAGCAUUUCUGUGCAAAUUGUCAAGAAUGCUCAGACAGUGCUUACUGCCUCUCUUGGGUGUUUAUUUAAACCUGACAGUAUUGCCAUAACAUAUGCAGUCCUUCUAUGAUUAUGUUCCAGAUAUAUUGGCCAUUUUUAAAGAGCUCCUGAGGCUGGCACACGCACAAUGGCCUGAUUUGUGUAGUAUUAUGCACAUUUUAAAGGGCAGCAUGUAUUGCAUCACGUGCCCUUUAAAUUCAUUGCAGCUGCAGUGUUGUGCACAGUUUAAAUCAUGAAAGCUGCCUAUGUGUUCCAGUUAAUUUGUUAAUGCUUAUGUUCAGAUCAUUAUAGUCCAUAAUUUGCAGCUUUAAAAGCUCAUGAGUACUGUACCAUGUACAAAGACAACUGACAGGGAUGUGGUGCUUAUUUUCCUUUUUUGUUUAUUUAACUCUGAGGUGGUGAACAUUCAAGGUUCUGACAGUUUGUCCAGGGUCAUCACUGUAUUGCUCAUUGUGCUCUACAGAAUAUUCUGGAAAGACCUGAAGCCUGUGGAACUAGCCACCAUCAUGUGAAGCGUUUGUGUCAAAUUUUAGAAUGAUUCAGAGUUACACGUUAUGAAUUAGUUUCUUUGGACUAUACAGACUGUGGAUCCAUGUCACCUCUUAUAUUCUUGAUCCAUGUCAGUAUUUUGUAUCAUGGAUUUAGUUUUUUCCUGGCCUACCUGCCUGCCUGUGUGUUCCCUAGGCAGAUAAUCAUGUUACGCCUGUUGUACAUCACGAGGAUGGGAGUGCCAGCACGUGUUCAGAGAACCGAUCUACAGGUCUCACAGAGUCCUUCAAUAUUAAUGAUGUCCUGAGGAUAAACUGCAAGCACAAAGGAAACCAGUUCACUCUUGUCAGUUCAGGUUGUCGGUCAUGAGAUGGAUUUCCAUACACAGCAUUUGUCAGGAUGCCUCUUCUGUGUGCUCCGUUUAAGAACAGAAUCUUUGGGGGUCACUUAGUAUUAUUGUAGGACUCUGUAACAACUGGUUUACAACACUACAUUAACUUUUGAUAAAGUCAGACACUUUUAAAGUUGGAUGAUGAUGUUGAUGAUUAUAUAUGGGACUAGCAUUUCUUUUUUAUUAAAAUCUUUGAAAUGUC